UGGCCUGCAAAAUUCCACCCACGCACAUUGAUUGCUCUCGCGCUCUUCGCUUUGCUUUUCAGUUGCUCCACACACGUCAAAUGGCCAGCACUGAGAGCUUGGACGGCAGCGCCUGUGAAUUUGGUGGCGUUGCUGCGGUGCCACAGGUGGCUCAUUUACCCACCGAGCCCAUGGAGUUUGUUUGUCCCGCCUGCCAACAGCUGCAAACGAGUCAAGUGCAACGCGAGGCCGUCACCUUGCUACAAAAGCUGGCCUGCUCUAUUAACUAUUUGCUCUGCUGCUAUCCCAUACGCUGGCAGGGACGCGAGGAUAUUAAUCAUUAUUGCAGUGCCUGCGGCUGUUUCAUAGGACGUCACAUUUCUCUUAGUUGGUAUAAGCGUGCGCUGUUUCGUAUGCAGCGCGCUGAGGUGGAAGAUCAUGGACGCUGGGUGCGCUUCAAGGCGGUGGAGAAGGAGCAGCUGGAUGAGCAGAAGCUGGGCAAGCAGCGGGCUGCCUUAGCGCAGUCUAAGUAAGAGCGAAACACUACAGAAAGAGCGAAGAGAGAGAAAAGAGAGCACAAUGUAGUAUAAACAAUAAUUUAUUAAA